UCGACGCAGCUUUCUCAAAUCUACUUAACCCGAUUGACAAAUCCAGAUUCAAAUCCGUCUACUUCCCGGAGUUUACCCCCAACAAAACUUAUAAUUCCCUUUCUGUCCUCUCUUCUCUAUUUAGCGCUCUUAUUUAACCCUGAAUUGUUUUCCGUUUUUCCAUGACUAUAACAUCAAGAAAAAAAUAAUCUCUCUUCUGACGGACACAGAGAGAUGGAAGGAGGAAGUCCACAGUACAAUCCGCGCUCGGUGGAGGAGGUUUUUAGAGAUUUCAAGGGACGACGAGCCGGCAUGAUCAAAGCUCUCACCACAGAUGUGGAAGAAUUUUACCAGCAGUGUGAUCCUGAGAAGGAGAAUCUAUGCUUAUAUGGCUUUCCCAAUGAGCAAUGGGAAGUCAAUUUACCUGCUGAAGAAGUGCCGCCAGAGCUCCCAGAGCCUGCAUUGGGUAUUAACUUUGCAAGAGAUGGGAUGCAAGAAAAGGAUUGGUUAUCUUUAGUUGCUUUUCAUAGUGAUGCAUGGUUGCUAUCUGUUGCCUUCUAUUUUGGUGCCAGAUUUGGAUUUGAUAAAACUGACAGGAAGAGGCUUUUUAACAUGAUUAAUGAGCUUCCAACAAUAUUUGAAGUUGUAACUGGUGCUGCAAAAAAGCAAGUAAAAGAAAAGUCAUCAGUGUCAAAUCAUAGCAGCAACAAAUCUAAGUCAAACUCCAAAAUGCAGCGGGUAUCCGAACCCCAGGGGAAGUUUUCAAAAGCAUCACAAGCAAAGGAUGAAGAUGAGGGCAUGGAUGAGGAAGAAGAGGAUGAGCACGGAGAGACCUUGUGUGGGGCCUGUGGUGAGAACUAUGCAUCAGAUGAAUUCUGGAUUUGCUGUGACAUAUGUGAAAAGUGGUUCCAUGGGAAGUGUGUGAAAAUCACCCCAGCUAGGGCUGAGCAUAUCAAGCAAUAUAAGUGCCCGUCAUGCAGCAACAAGAGAGUGCGCCCUUGACAAACAUGUUGGUGAAAUUGGCUCCCAGCUUAACUUUCUUCUUGGUGGAAUUGACUAACUGCGCCCUGUUUGAUCAGCUUUUUUUCUUUUUUACCUUUUCUGCUAGCAGUGCAGGAUGUGAAUGGUACUUUUUUUUAGGUAUUCUCAGUAUCAGAAUGUAAUGCUAUUUAUUCAUAGUUUGAUCAGGAUGUUUCCAUAUGAAUGUCUAGUUAUCCUCUUUCUAGUAGGUGGAUUCUUUGCUCUGGUGAAGUUCCUCGGUGUCUGCCAUACUGAGUGUUCAUAUAUACUCUCACCACUGGCUAUUGAGUGAGGGGCCAUUAGUUUCAUAUGUUGAAAUGAGGAAUUCCCAUAAAUGGCUUUUGAAAUCCUGAAGUUGGUGACCUGUA